GUCUACCGGCACAUCCUGGCCUUACCCGCUCAGACCUCCGACUACUGCAACCCUCGCACACUCCCGCCGUCUAUGUAUGUGCACCCUUUACUAGUGCACAGACUGGCGUGGCCCAGGUGUAGGUGACCCUGCCUGCGGACCAUCUUAAGAUCUACAUGUGCCAUGUUUACAAUCAUGCACUCCGUCAUUCACAACAACCCCAUCAAUCCCUCGUGCAUCUAUAAUCUUGCUGUUAUUCCUUUAUUGCAAGCCUUUCAUAGUCUGUUUCAAUAUGAGCGACCACCUGAAAGCAUCGCACAAGGCGCAAAAUCUUGCCCGGAUAAGAGACAACCAACGACGCUCUCGUGCUCGCCGCAAAGAGUACUUGCAGGAACUCGAAGCCAAGUUGCGGGGUUGCGAGCAAGUCGGCAUCGAGACGUCCACGGAGAUCCAGGGUGCUGCCAGGAAGGUACUCGAUGAGAACAGAAAGCUGCGCUCACUGCUCCUCGAACGUGGCGUCUCUGAUGCAGACAUUGUGGCAGCACUUGACGGUCCAGCCGACAAGUCAUUCGAACAAGUGUCGUCAGCACCAGCGCUGAGCAAUGUGCUUGAGCGACGCAUUACCAGUAGCAUGGUGUUAUCUUCAAGCUCACCGUUGCCUCAACACUCGAGAGCUGUUUCAGUGCCGCGACACUUACCUUCUGUACCAUUGCUCAGCACUCCCUCAUCACGACCGGUGGCCUUGAGUAGCUGCGAAUCCUUGAGUCCCACAUCGAUGGUAUCGAGUAUGGGAACACCGCCAGCCUCCUAUCAUCCAAUGCAUACCGCCCCAAUCACCCCGCAAGCUCCCGAGGUGAAGGCAGACAACGUCCAGUACGACUACUCAUAUGACGAACCCCAGAACCAGCCUUGGCCAUACUCUCAAGUCUAUGACUGUGCUUCGGAUCCUGUUGCCUACUACAGCGCCUCGUCUUGCGUCGACGCCGCCAAUAUUAUCAGGACCAUGCGCAUGGAUACAAGUCCGAUGUACUACAUCGAUCAAGGAUGCUCUUCUCUUGCUCAGCCUUACUACAACAACCACCAUGCGCUCUACCCUGUUACAACCACAUAUCCUCAGCAAUAUUCGAGGACAUGAACAUCACGAACCAGUGAGCUGUUGUUUCACACACCACAUCACGCCACCGCAUAUAUUACACGGCAUGCACGUAUUUGCGUCACCGCAGCGAGCCAUCAAUCAGUCUUGCAUCCACGUCAGCUAGCCGCUAUCUAGCUAAAUAUGGCGCGGUAUCUUCCGAUACGUGCCACGUGGGAUUUGUCCUCGUCUUUCAA